AAGAAAAAAAAAUCAAAACACAAAAAAAUGUCGAAUAUGAUGAUCAUCGAGAAUCAACUAAGAUCUAUAAGUUUACCUUCAAGAUCGCAUCCUAGCACGACAGGGAUUGAGGAAGCUCUUAGCAAGGUUAAAGCGAUUAACACCACGACGGGCUCGUCAGAAUCAAUCUUGAUGGCUUUGGCUAGUUUGGAGGAGCUCUAUAGUUGUAUGGAGGAGUUUCUAAAAAUGGGUUCGACGCAGCGUGUUAUGUCGUCUUCUGAUGCAUCGGAGUUUAUGGAGGAGAUGCUUGAUGGGUCUUUGAGGCUAAUGGAUACAUGCAGCGUCUCUAGAGAUCUCAUGGUGGAGACUCACGAACAUGUUCGUGGUGUUCAAUCAUGCGUUAGACGCAAGAAAAUAGCCGGAGGAAUUGAUCAACUCGUUGUAGCUAUCUCCGGCUAUGUCGGAUUUAGAAAGAACAUGAGAAAGGAAGCUAAGAAGCUUAUUGGAUCCUUGAAGAAAAUCGAUGGAGGGUCGUGUCCAGCGUCGGGGGUAAGUAAUGUUCAACAGGAUGAACAUCUUUUGGCAGUUAUUGAUGCGAUGAGACGAGUAGUUUCCGUUAGUGUCUCGGUGUUGAAGUCGUUCUUGGAGUUCUUGUCCGGACGACAAAGUAACAUUAAGAGAAAGCUGGCUUCGGUACUAAAGAAAAAGAAGGAUCUUCGUGAGGAGACCAAGAACGAGUUGGAGAGUUUGGAUUCCGCGAUAUGUUGCUCUCGUGAUGACCUGCAAAAUAAGCUUGGGGAGGUCGAGAUGAGUAUUGAUGGAUUCGAGAAGCAUCUAGAAGGCUUAUUUCGAAGGUUGAUAAGAACACGAGCCUCAAUUCUCAACAUAAUCUCUCAUUAGAUUAAAAAAAUUAUGCAUGUAAUGUACUUUCGUAGGCAUUCAACUUUAGAGAAUUGGCCUGAUGGAUACAUUAUAGACGCAUAAAUAAAAUUUUGUAC